GUUGGUGGAUCUAAAACCAGGAUCAACAUAUUCAAUCGGAGUAAUAACGGUUUCUAAAUCAUCAUAUUAUAGUUCUCCAGCAAGGAUUUCCGCUACAACACUUACCAUUUAGUUUUAAUAAAAUAUAAAUAAUUAUUA